AUGUGCAAACGCGAUCAUCCGGAGGUGGACCAGGAGGCGUCUAGGCAAGCGCUCAUCAAGGCAGAAACGAUAAUCAUGGAGGGUCUCCGCAUACCUCUGCAGCCUGUUCCCGUUAUCGACGACAACGGAUACAUCUGCGUCGACCCUCCCGUGGACAUCCGAAGAGAGCUGCUAGACCACAAGGAGAAGUUCGCUGUGAUUGAGCACGACAUACAAGUUCUGACGGCCAAGAUCGAGUAUCUGGCCAUCCGCAAAGGCGUGACGUUGGACGAGCUGGACGCAGGGGCGCGCCAACACCUUGGUGCCGUGGUGGACAUGCUGGUAGAGUCGGCGACUCCACGCAAGCACGCUAAAGCAGACCCUAUCGCGGACAGAAGUGGCCCAAUGGAAGUCGCGCAGACUCCACCGAAGCGUGCACUGGCGGCAGUGCCAUCAAUCUCUCCCUGUCUUGCACCUCACACACCUGGCGUGAAAGAUAGCCAAGUUACUGCCGGAGACGCGACACCUGCUGUGGUCAGGCAACAACAGCGCGACCAGCUUGCAGUGGCUUUGCGCAGUCGCGCUAAGACUCCCGUGCCCGCAGCUCCAGUACAGGCGCUGGAACAGAUGGAGGGAGUGGCGUGCGCAAUGGCUGGCCUGGACGACGCGCAGGCGGUCGAGACCCGUUCGCGGCGAAAGGGCAGAGCGUCCCGGGCCAGUAGUGACGUUGAGGAGGUGCAGGCGAUCACGCCGACUACAGAGGACCAGCCUAUGGCUGAAGAGCCAGAGGACCGAACAGAGGACUACACGGAUGACGACGAGUCUGUUGACGAUGAUGCUGUGUAUGAACCUGGAUUCCGAUACUUUCGGCGAAGAUGA